CGCAGAAACAAUUUCGUGAUUCCCAUCUAUUUGACCCUGAUGUUCUUCCUCAUCGUGGGGCUCAUCAUCUUCACGGACUUUACCACAUUCGUUAUUAUAGUUAGAAAAGAUGCCGCUAGAAAAGAGUCUUCCAGAAAAGGGUGUUGGCAGCACAGGACCGUUGAUUACACCAGUUAGUUGAAGAACCAUUUUGGCAAUGGGAAGAAGAAGAAUCUAUUUUGGAGUAUGCUUGAUGGACACUCAUGUCUGUUACCGCGAUACAGGUUGCAAAUCAAGAAUAGCAACCAUUCCAUAUACUUUAUUCGGGUUGCCAAAUAAAGUUUCCUUUAAUCUUUUAUGCUAAGGAAGAAAGCAUUUCUUUCAAUGCAUGAUCUGUGAUACUGAGGGGCUGUUGCUCUGUUGCAACAACUGCCCAGCAACCUAUCACUUAAACUGCCUUUCUUCACCUCUUGAGAAAGCUCCCGAAGGGGAUUGGCAAUGCCCCAACUGCAGCAACAAGGAAUCAGGAGAUUCACCAGAUGAACCUGCAGAUCCAAACACAAGAUCACUUGCUAUGGAUGUUAAUGAAGUAGAAGAUUUGAGAGAAAACAUUACACUGUCUAAUAAUAAUGUUUCUCUCAUUGAACCAGAGAAUGUGGAAUCUGGUGAAAGAAAAAAUUAAGGUUUAUAAGAGACGCCGAAGGAAAAAGGCUGCAGAGGAAAGUGGAAAAGGUUCUCAAGGUUCUGAAAAAGGACCUGACAAACUUCUCACAUAGAGGGAAGGUUCGGAGCAAUCAGUGGAAGCUUGUAAUGCCCUUAUGCAGAAUGGUGGUGACAAAGAGGCAAAUACAUUGCCAGAAGCAGCCUUACAGCACACACAAACAGGAAAAGAUCAGAAAGAGAACUUUUAAGCUUCACUUCAAUUGUGUAAUUGUGUUAAGUUGCAAUUUCUAACAGUGUUUUAUCCACAAAUUCAUGUUAAUAAAUAUGAGCAUUUCCC